AUUAUUAGGUCAGUUCAAUCAAGAUGAAUAUUCUUGUAAUUGUAAAUUGUCUAUAUGUACUUGUUGUUCCUAAUAUGGCUCAGCUAUUACUAUAUAGCAAAGAAAUUGAAGUGCCAAUUGGACGAGAGAUUUAUCUUACAAAAAAUGAUCUUCUAUUCCAUACAAUUGAUAAAGGUUUAAUAUGCAAAGUGGAAGUUGUGACCAAUGAACCUAUGACUCAGAGAGUUGGUUUAUUUGAACCACAGAUAUUUGAUUGUAAUUUUCAGUCAAGAAUGAUAAAAUAUACACAUUUUGGAUCACCUCUGUUAAAACAGGACAUUGUCAAAUUUUCAGCAUAUUUGUUUCAAGAAAAUGCAACUCUCUCUGAAAGGUUUUCAGUUGUCUUUAAUAUUUUGAAUUUACCUUAUAAUGUGACACAAACUAUAAAUCCACUUACUGUAAAAGAAUUUUUUGGUUUGUCAAAUCUAAUUGAUGAUAAUGUUCUUAAAUUUAAGUAUAGUAAAAGCAAUGGUGCUGUCUGUAAAGCAAGAUUUACCAGUUUUCAAAGUAAACGUCCUGCACAUGGUCAAAUAGUUGUUGGUACAGAUAAAAGACCUAUUGAUGUUAUUAAAAGAAGAUGUGAUGAAUUUUUAAAAUUAGGUUUGAGAUAUGAACAUUUUAAACCUCCUUCUCCAAAUAUUGAUUACAUUAUUAUUGUUGUUGAAGUUAGUGAUCCUUUAUUAAACAAUGGUGAACCUUAUAUAGAAUGGAUACAUCUUCCAGUUAUAAUAGAACCAGGAUUUCCAAAUUUAAAACCAAAAGCUUCGUUUUCUAGUAUGUAUCUGAUGGAUGUUGAUCAAUUUAUUUUAACAACCAUUACUCCAGCUGUACUUUCUGGGUUAGAUGGUGAAACAUCUUCAGAAUUAUUAAUAUUUAAUAUUUCUAAACCCUUGGAUCCAUCUAAUGGUACUAUUGUGCAUUUAUCUGAUCAUACUAAACCUAUCACAUCAUUUUUGCAAGCAGAUGUUAAUAAUUUUGAAAUUGCUUUUAAACCACCUAUAAGAUCAUUUAAUGAUAGAGAAAUGUUUGAAGUUGGAUUUAACAUUUUUGAUAUGGAUUAUGCUGCCAGUGAUCUUGUCACGUUACAUAUUGCUGUACGAGCUGCGGUUACUUCUGCACCUCGUGUUUCAAUAAAUACUGGUUUAGUUCUGUUGGAAGGUCAGUCUCGUUGUAUUCUUCCAGAAAAUUUAGAAAUUGUUGACAGUGAUAAUAUUGAUGAUGUUAAAAUGUUUAUAACUGGAGGUUUGCUUCAUGGUAAACUUGAAAUUGAUGGAGUUCCAGGCAUUGUAAUCACACAAAAAGAUCUUAAAGAAAAAAAAGUAAUUUAUUAUCAUGAUGAUAGUGAUACAACUAAAGAUAGUAUCCAUUUAAGAAUUUUUGAUGGAACACAUUCUACACACACAAAAUUUCCAAUUACUAUUAUACCUAGAGAUGAUAACAUUCCAGCGCUUAUUAUGAAUGUUGGAUUAAAGGUUGAAGAAGGACGAACAGUUAAAAUAUCUUCAGAUUUUCUGUCAGCACAUGAUCAAGAUACAAGUGAUGAUUUUCUCAUAUUUAUAUUGACAAAGCCACCAAAAGCAGGUACAAUAUGGAAAAUGUUUCUUUGGGAAACCACUGGUAAUGAAGUUACUCAAUUCACUCAAAGAGAUAUUAAUAAAGGUGUUAUAUAUUAUCAUCAUUUUGGAAAUGAGGUAUUUAUUGAUGAAUUUGAAGUAAUGCUUCAAGAUAUGAACGACCCUCCAAAUAAAUCACCACCACAUAAAGUUUCAGUAGUAAUAAAACCAAUUGGAGAUGAUCCACCCAAAAAAUCUCCUAAAUGUUCACUUUCUCUUGAAAUACCAGAAGUUCAAAUAGGAAUUAUUACAAAAGCAAUGUUACAUUAUCAAGACAGUGAUUCCAAAGAUCAUGAAAUAGUUUACUUAAUAACAAAUUCUCCAAAGUUUAUAGGAUCUUAUGCUAAAUCAGGAACAGGUAAAAUAAUUUCAUUAGCAGAUCAUUUAGUAUCAGCUAAAGAUGCAAAAAUUCCAGCUAUUCAUUCGUUUACUCAAGAAGAAGUUAAUCAUCACAAAAUUGGUUACAUGCCACCAAUAGAAGACAUAGGACCUUAUCCAUUAUACUUACAAUUUGUUUUUACAGUUACUGAUAAGCAGAGCAAUGCUAUAAAUAGCCAAUUAUUCAAUAUAACUCUUCUUCCAGUAAAUAAUCAGGCACCUCAGCUUCAUAUUGGAGAAUUACUAGUUGAUGAAGGCUCUUCAACUCUUAUUUCCACCAAUGAGAUUUCUGUUUAUGAUCCAGACACAUUAACAUCAGAAUUACAAAUAAGUUUAUUUACUGUUCCUUUACAUGGUUCAUUACGUCGAAGUGGGCAACCUCUUAGAGUUGGUGAUCUUUUAUCAUUAGAUGAUAUUUUAAUGCUUCUUUUAGAAUAUGUUCAUGAUGGAUCUGAAUCUCAUCAGGAUAGUUUUAACAUAGGUGUAAAUGAUGGAAUUCACUUUGUUUCUGGAGAAAUCAACAUUAAAGUAGAACCUAUUGAUGAUGAAACUCCAGUGUGGAAGAGAGGACUUUUGCAAGAAAUAAAAACAGAAGAAGGAGGACAAGUUCAAAUAACAUCUGAGGUUCUUGCUGCAACAGAUGUAGAUACAGGUGAUACACUAUUACAUUUUAUUUUGACCGAAGUUCCUGCUUAUGGAAUAAUACUUGUUGAUGAUAGAAUGGUUUCUCGAUUUACACAGUUGGAUGUGAUGAAAGGAAAGGUAUAUUACAAACAUAAUGGGCAGGAAAUUGGUCCACAUUCAAAGCGUGAUACUUUUACAUUAAUAGUAACAGAUCGAGCAUUUCCACGGCUAAUCAGUCAUCCCAGUCAUAAAGUACUUGUCACCAUAUUGCCAACGAAUUCUCAUAUACCUCAAGUUUCUUUCAGAAAAAGCAUUCUUGUAGAAGAAGGACAAACAGCUCCAAUUUCAGAAGAUAUAUUAACAACAAGAGAUGAUGAUACUUUACCUUCAUUAUUACAGUAUGUAAUAUUUCAACAACCACAAUAUGGAUUGAUUGAAAAUUUGAGACGUCAGUCUGGAUAUGAAAGAAAUAAUAAAGGAAAGAGUGUUGAUACUUUUACUCAACAAGAUAUAAAAGAUGGCUAUGUUAAUUAUGUUCAAUCAAAACACAGGAAAAUUGAACCCGAAUCAGAUGAGUUUAGAGUUUAUGUAACAGAUGGAAUACAUAACUCAAGUGCAGUAUUGAUAUUUGUAAAUAUAAUUUUAAGAAAUGAUGAAGAACCACAAGUUUCUGCAAAUAAUAUAACUGUGAAAGAAGCUGGUUUCCAUCCAAUUAAUAGUGAAGUAUUAUCUGUGACUGAUCAUGAUUACCCUAGUGAUAUUCUUUCUGUGCAUCUAAAAACAUUACCUUCAUUUGGGUCACUUAAACAAAGAAUUCAACAUAGAAUAAAUGGUCCUACUGUGGAAUUAGAAUUUACAGAAUUAACUAUUGAUAGAUUUCUUCAAAAUGUUAUUUAUCAACAUGAUGGUUCUGAAAAUUUUAAUGACCACUUUACAUUAAUUAUUAGUGAUGGUGUUCAUAAUAUUGCUCAGACAAUAUUUGUUAACAUUAUUCCAAUAAAUGAUGAAUAUCCAAAACUUGUUAAAAACAUCAGAGCAUAUGUGAAACCAGGUGAAAGUGUUUUUCUUUCAAGUGCCUUGCUAUUAGCACAAGAUGAGGAUUCUUUACCUAAAGAUAUUGUGUAUAUUAUACUAUCACCACCUACAUUAGGAAAACUUCAGAGAAGAGAUUCACUUAAUGGAACUUGGAAUGAUUUAACAUAUCCAAUGCAUUUUACACAAUUAGAUGCAAAUUUGAAUCUAAUUAGAUAUCAGCAUUCAGAUUUUGCAAAUCCUGAGAAUGAAGAUUCAUUUUUAUUCCUAAUAUCAGAUAAAAUCCAUAAUAGUUCUAUAAAUAUUUUUCAGAUUGGCAUAAAAAUGAAAAAUUUUACUUUUCAAAUUAUUAGUAAAACUCCCUCACUUCAGGCUGGAACAUAUAUAAUGAUUACUUCUAGUUUUCUGACAGUGACAGGAAAUAAUUAUAAUUUUGAAAAUGUUACUUUUCAUUUAACUCAACAUCCAAAAUAUGGCCAGUUAGAGUUGAUUAGUCAUCCGGGAAAAGCAAUUAAACAGUUUCACUUAUUUGAUAUUAUUGGAAGACGCUUAUUGUAUAAUCAAACUAAAAACGUUUUUAAUAAUUUAACUUUUAGUAAUAUCAGAAAUAUUUCUGAUAAUUUUACUUUUGUAGUUGACAAUGGAAAUUUUAAGACUAACAGUAUAUUCAAUAUAAUUAUUAAUUUUCCUCAGUCUGAUAAAUAUAACUUUCCAAUUUUGCAUUCUGUGCAUUCUCUGAAUGUAGUAGGAACUUCAUCAGUAAUAAAUAGAGAAAAUCUCAAUGCAUCUGAUUUAAAAUUUUCUCAAGAUAAAGUAAUAUUCAUGAUUGUUGAAGAACCUAAAUAUGGCACUAUUCUGAAAGAAAAUAAAAAAGUAACAAACUUUACACAAGAGGACAUCAAUAGAGGAAAGAUUUCAUACCAUCACAGAGAUAACAGAUCUACAUUUGACAGUCUAGCCUUUGAAGUUACGAAUGAAGAAGAAAAAGGAUACAUCUUGGAUGGAAAGCUGCAGACAAAAGCGACAAAAAUGGACAUAUUUAUCAGACCCAGGUUAUCUUCAAGUUUGCCAAACAUUACUCUUUUGGAACAAAUGGAAUAUUUUGGAACGGGUAAAUCUGGAUUCAUCUUAACUACAGAUUCACUCAAGCCAAACAAUAAUACCAAUAUUGGAAAAGAUUUAAUUUACACAAUUCACAAACCACCACAAUAUGGUUAUUUAGUUUAUAGAGAAACUGGUGAAAUUGUCAGUGGUGCUAUUACACAACAAGAUAUCAAUGAUCAUCGUAUAACAUUUGUAAUCAAUGGAGAAAAUCAAGAAAUAACAAAUGAUAGUAUGACUUUCAGAAUUGUUGAUGAAAAUGGAAAUCUAGUAGCUGAACAAAGAUUAAAUUUCCACUGGGCAAUUAUUUAUUUUGCAUAUCCAGAAUAUGCUGUGUGUGAAGAUGUUGGAAGUAUUGAUAUUGAAGUUCUGCGAUCAGGUGAUGUUUUACAUUCCAGCUUUGUAACAGUUACUGCCAUAGGUCAGUCAGCUGAAGAAGGUCUAGAUUAUUUAUCUGGAAGAGCUAAAUUAAUUCAGUUUGAUCCAGGUCAAACAUCAGCUAUUUGGCGAUUACAAAUUAUUGAUGAUAAUAUAGAAGAAUCAAGUGUUGAACAAAUUCAACUUUAUCUAACAAAUCCUAUUAAUGCUGUUAUUAGUAAAAAGGAUAUAACUUUAAUCAGCAUUCAUGAUAAAAGAGGAAAUAACUGUCAAGAAUUACCAGCACCAACAAUUGUAAAAGUAUCACAAGAAAAAUUCAAUGGGGAUCAGGCUGAUAAUCCACAAAAAUUUAUUGAAAAAGAUUUUGCAAAUUGUUCUCCUACCAUCUUUGGACUUUUACAAUACAAUUAUUCUACUGGAAAAUUAUAUCAAUGUAAUGGUCACCAGUGGAUACCAUGGGAACCACGUCCACGUACAGAUGAGGUCCAACCAGUUUCAAGAGAGAUUUUAAUUGAUAAUUCUAUGAAAGAUGAAAAUUUAAAAAAGAAUAGAACAAAAUCAAAUGAUCCAAAUUUGAAUAAUUUAAAUUCUUUUGCCUGCCAAAAAGGUUGGAAGGAGUAUGAAAAUAAAUGCUAUAAGUUAUUUAAACAGCAGCUAUCUUGGAAUGAAGCUGAAAUGUUCUGUCAGAAUCAAAAUCAAGGACACUUGGCUUCAGUUUUUUCAAAUGAACAUAAUAAAUGGCUAAUAAAAUUGACAAAAAAUAGGCCAUUUUGGAUAGGUUUACAUGCAUCAACAAACCAUACAACUUGGAAUUACACAUCAGACAGUCCACUUACUUUCACCAAUUGGAAAGAAGGAUUUCCACGAAUUUCUAAAGUGGGUUCAAUUAAAUUAAAAUGUGUUCUAGUUAGAGGAACUGGUCAUUGGAUAAACAGACUUUGUGAUUAUAAUCAUAGCUAUGUAUGUGUUUAUUCUCAAAAUUUUGUAUAAAAAUUUGUUAGAGUUAUUAGUUAUGAAUAUAAAUAUAAUAUUUUUUUUUUUGUUUUCAAGCAAACAAUUAGUUAGUUUUGUUUUUUAAUUUUAAUAUUUUUUUUAAUAAUAAUAAUAAUCUUAUAUUCAGCACAAAUAGUAAGUCAGUUAUACUUGCUUGUAGAAUCAUUUACACAGUUUCAAAUGUGAUAAAUUUUAUGUAUUAAUAAUUCCUAAAAAUAAGUUUUUAAUAAAUUAGUGAGUUUCAGAUAUCAUUUUGCUGAUGUAUUCAAUAAUUAUUCUUAAUUGCUUCGAUAAGCCAAAUUGAAAUGAUAUAAAAUUUACAGAUAUUAAUUAUUGUAAAACAAAAUGAUCAGAAGGUGAUGUAUCGUCAAGCAUUAUCUUUUUAUUUUUAUUGAAUCUUUAUAUCUUUAUACAUCAUAUGUUAAAACCUUUACUAUAGUUUCUUUUCAAAUAGAUUGUUUCUUUGAAUUUCAUAUUAAUAAAAUGUUAAUAUAAAAAUUUUACAUUCUGUAUAUUUGUAUAAAAAUUGUUUUAUAUAAUAGUUAUCUCAUUUGAAUUAGAAUAAUUACUUUGAUGAACAGGUUAAAAUAUGAAAUAUGCUUCUGGAUAAUAUAUAUAUAAAAAUAAGACUAAAUGUUCUAAAAGACCUAAAUUUUUUUUUUUAUAAAAUAAUAAAAAGUUACAGUAUUAAAAUAAAUAUUUCAAAUGUGACAACAAAAUAUUGAAGUUUAUAUUUGUUUGCAUAACAAUAAAAUUUUAUGAGAAUGAAAUGCAUGGUAAGAUGCUUGUGUGAAUGUUCUUACUGCAUUCUUUUAUUUUAAAUAAUCUGUUCAUUUUGGAUUUUUAAAGUACUUCUAUGAAUUUUUUAAAAUUUGACUGACUUAAAAUUACAUAGAGAGAAGCUUAUGAAAUGACUUUGCUCUGUUGAUAUUUAACAGAAAAAUAUUUUUGGAAUGUUAAAUUAGGUUAAAGUAACAAUAUCAGAGUUUUAGAUUUCAAUCAUCUAUGAAUUUUUUUAAUAGAACUUAUUAAACUUAUCUCUGUUCCAACAAUAAUAAUGUAUGAAUAAAUAUUACAAGUAUUAAUAAAAGUGUAUCCAAAUACUUAAUAUGUAUGUAGAAGUAUGUAAAUGUCUAAAUAUGCAACUAAUAAUAAAAAUUAUCUUUAAAGACAAUUUUAAUUUUUUCUACAUUUUCA